CACGUGAACGGAAGGAUUUAUUUCUAUAUGGCUAGUCGUGUUGCUUAAGUGAUAGUGUAUACCGUUUUAGAAAGGAAAUACGGCUCUUCACAUCGCCUCACUGGCUGGUCAGGACGAGAUUGUAAGGAUUCUUGUGGAUCACGGCGCGAACGUCAACGUUCAGUCUCAAAAUGGGUUCACGCCAUUGUACAUGGCGUCGCAGGAGAACCACGACACGGUGGUCACUUACUUGUUGAAGCACGGUGCGAACCAGUCACUCGCCACCGAGGACGGGUUCACUCCGCUAGCCGUCGCUCUGCAGCAGGGCCAUGACCGAAUAGUCGCCCUUCUGCUAGAAAACGACACUCGCGGCAAAGUGCGCCUGCCGGCUUUGCACAUCGCAGCGAAGAUCGACGACACGAAAGCGGCUUCACUGCUAUUGCAGAAUGACCACAAUCCGGACGUGACUUCGAAGAGCGGAUUCACGCCGCUUCACAUCGCGGCUCACUAUGGUAACGAGAACAUCGCGAAAAUAUUGUUAGAAAAAGGCGCCAACGUCAACUACAUGGCGCGGCACAACAUCACACCGCUACACGUCGCCUCUAAGUGGGGUCGCACGAAUAUGGUCCUGCUACUACUGGCCCACGGUGCGGUUAUCGACUGCCAGACCAGAGACAUGCUGACACCGCUGCACUGCGCUGCUCGUUCGGGCCACGACCAGAUCGUCGAUCUGCUGCUCGAGAAGGGCGCGCCAAUAUCAGCCAAGACAAAGAAUGGCCUGGCGCCGUUGCACAUGGCCGCUCAAGGCGACCACGUCGAUACCGCCCGAAUCCUGCUUUUCCACCGCGCCCCAGUCGACGAAGUGACCGUAGAUUACUUGACUCCACUGCACGUCGCAGCCCAUUGUGGCCAUGUUCGAACCGCAAAGCUUCUACUCGAUAGAAACGCUGAUCCCAACGCUCGAGCACUAAAUGGCUUUACGCCUUUGCACAUCGCGUGUAAAAAGAACAGAAUCAAGGUGGUGGAAUUGCUGCUGAAGUACCAGGCGGCGAUCGAAGCCACCACAGAGUCCGGACUGACACCUCUCCAUGUGGCUGCAUUUAUGGGCUGCAUGAACAUCGUGGUUUACUUAAUACAACAGGGGGCGAACCCUGACGUGACAACCGUUCGAGGCGAGACUCCGUUGCACCUCGCUGCGCGUGCCAAUCAAACGGAUGUGAUCAGGAUCCUGCUUCGAAACGGUUCCUGCGUCGACUCAUCGGCCCGCGAACAACAGACGCCUUUGCACAUCGCCUGUCGACUUGGCAACGCCGAUAUCGUCAUGUUGCUGCUUCAGCACGGUGCGAAAGUGGAUGCUGCUACGCGCGAUCAGUACACUCCUCUCCAUAUCGCAGCUAAAGAGGGACACGAGGAAGUUGCGGCGAUUCUUCUCGACCAUAAUGCAUCGACCGAUGUGGCGACGAAAAAAGGAUUUUUGCCCCUGCAUCUCGCCGCCAAGUACGGAAACGUCGGGGUUGCGAAGCUGCUGGUCGAAAGGGGCGCCGACGUAGAUGCUAUUGGCAAGAACCAGGUGACGCCGUUGCACGUCGCGGCUCAUUACAACAACGAAAAUGUUGCACUGCUGCUGCUUGAAAAAGGGGCAUCUCCACACGCAGCAGCGAAGAACGGCUAUACUCCUUUGCACAUCGCUGCGAAGAAGAAUCAGAUGGACAUCGCUUCUACUCUUUUGGAACACGAUGCCGAAGUGAACGCCGAGUCGAAGGCCGGAUUUACACCGGUGCACUUGGCGUCGCAGGAGGGAUUCGUGAACAUGGUUCUGUUGUUAACCGAACACCAAGCUGACGUCAACGCUAGGGCGAAGAACGGUUUGACCCCUAUGCAUUUGUGCGCCCAAGAAGACCGGGUAGAAGUUGCCAAGAUACUGAAAGGCGAAGGUGCCGACUUGAACGCGCAGACGAAGGUAAGAUUUUCUUGGCGAUUACCUGUGAAAUCUUGUGUGCACGUGUUUCGGAUAAGAAACACUGAAUUUGGUAUCAGAGCUUGAUG